AGAGGUAGGCAUGCUACUGGAGUUUUUAAAGAUCCCUUGUAAUGUAGUGAAGUCCCGUGACUUCGAAAAACUGCACUGAAUUUUGAGUGUAAAGUUUUAGACUUUUUCAUCUGGGCAGCAUUUAAAAGAACGUUAAUUUGCAUGGGUGUCCUUUUUUUUGCUGGGGAAAACAUAAAAGCUUUAUGACGUUACUACUACUUCAAAAAAAAAAAAAAAGUCAUGUUUACAUACAGUUGUUGGCAGCUCCCGACACGUCAGUGAAGCAGAGACCGAGAACGAGGAAGAGGUUUACUGAACUUUUAAAAGUUUCGCAAAGCGGAGUGAAAUGAUGGGAAUUCAGAUGUCAACCCAUAUGCUUUGCUUUGUUGGAUCUGAACCUUGAAAAUCCUUUUUUCUCAUCUGUUACUCUUGAGUCUUCGCCAGCCUGUGUAUUUGAACAAGAUGGAUGCCGAUGGCUGCCCCUAUGUCAGCAUUCCCUGCCAUAAUGAGCAACGGGACAAAAAGAAGCGGUAUACUGUUUACAAAGUAAUGGUUUCAGUCAGGAGACAUGAAUGGUUUGUCUUCAGGAGAUAUGCAGAAUUUGAUAAACUCUACAACACACUAAAGAAACAGUUUCCUAACAUAAACUUGAAGCUCCCAGCGAAACGAAUAUUCGGAGACAACUUUGAUCCAGAAUUUAUAAAGCAAAGAAGAACAGGGCUACAUGAAUUUAUUCAGAGAUUGGUCACACAUCCUCAACUAAGCCACCAUCCUGAUGUGAGGGCAUUUCUUCUGAUGGACAAACCAAAGAAUCUUUCUGAUCCUUCAGAAGAUGAUGAAGAGAAACACAACUCUACCUCCGGCGACAUUAACCUGGGUCCAUCUGCAAAUCCUCAAGCUAAACCAACCGACUUUGACUUCCUCAAAGUAAUUGGAAAAGGGAGCUUUGGAAGGGUUCUUCUUGCGAAACAUAAACUGGACAAUACAUAUUAUGCAAUCAAAGUCUUACAGAAAAGAGUCAUUCUUAACCGGAGAGAGCAAAAACACAUAAUGGCUGAGCGCAACGUGCUGCUGAAGAAUAUAAAGCAUCCUUUCUUGGUUAGGCUACAUUAUUCUUUCCAAACAACAGGCAAGCUUUACUUUGUGCUGGAUUUCAUUAAUGGAGGAGAGCUGUUUUUCCAUCUACAAAGAGAACGCACCUUUCCAGAGCCCAGAGCCAGGUUUUACAUUGCAGAAAUGGCGAGUGCACUGGGCUACUUACAUUCAAUAAAUAUUGUUUACAGGGAUUUGAAACCAGAGAACAUUUUACUAGACUCCCAAGGUCAUAUAGUUUUAACUGAUUUUGGGCUGUGUAAAGAAGGAAUUUCUCAGGACGACACCACAACUACUUUUUGUGGGACACCGGAAUACCUUGCACCAGAGGUCCUGAGAAAGCAGCCCUAUGACAAUACAGUGGACUGGUGGUGUCUUGGCUCUGUCCUGUAUGAGAUGCUCUAUGGACUGCCUCCAUUUUAUAGCCGAGAUACUGCUGAGAUGUAUGAAAACAUACUUCACAAGCCCCUGACCGUUAGGCCUGGAGCUACCAAUGCUGCCUGGUCUAUUCUAGAGGGAUUGCUGGAAAAAGACCGGACAAAGAGAUUGGGAUCGAACGAUGAUUUUCUUGAGAUCAAAAGGCACCCCUUUUUUCAUGCUAUCAGCUGGGACGACCUUGUACAGAAGAAGUUCCCACCUCCAUUUAAUCCUUGCGUAGCUGGUCCUGAAGACAUCCAGAACUUUGAUACAGAAUUUACAGAAGAAACGGUCCCACACUCUGUGUGCUAUACUUCUGAGCAGUCCAUUGUUAAUGCUAGCGUACUUGAGGCAGACGAUGCAUUUGUUGGUUUUUCCUACGCACCCCCUUCUGAAGACUCAUUCCUCUAGAAUGACUCCUGACUGCCUGGACUGGGGGGGGGGGGGGG